AUGCUGGGCUGGGACGCCUAUCGCCGCUUUGACUUCUUCACCCUCCGGCCGGGGGAAAUCACCAAGCAAUUCUCGUCGUAUGAUCGCACAAAUGGGAAUAAUGACGGAUUCUAUGGAACACACUCGUGUCUUUACAAUAGUACCGACGGCCGCUGUGUUAUUGCUGAUGCCAAAGGUCCGGGUGAGAUUGCAUCGAUUUGGUUCACGUACGAAAACGACAGUGUUGUCCCCAUCGGCGACAUUCGCAUCGAGCUAGAUUCGCAUUUAGUGCUGCAGCAUGACCUUCAAAGCCUCGUGAAUGGAGACAUAGGAGCACCAUUCCUCUGGCCAUUGGUAGGGAAUACUAAUGAUACCAAUGGUGGCAAUGUGAUCAAGGUGCCCAUCCCGUACACAAAGUCAAUGAUCAUCAGCACCCUUCACAAUCCCCACUUUUACCACGUUGUGUAUCGAGAACUGCCUGCGGAUGCAGACGUAAAAAUAUUCGACCCUGAUGACAGCGCAUUGGAUGCCUUAGAUACUUCUCGUCGCUUUGGUGUUGUUGACCCAAAGUGUCGCUCGAGGGUAUCUUCAUGUCCAUAUUCGCCGCGACGCACUCGCAGUGAGAGCCACAUGUUUACGGUGGAUUCAGGUCGUUCCUCUCAAGUGGCUACAAUCUCCGGCUCGGGAGUUGUCACUCAGCUGCAGCUACGAGUGCCGGGAAUUCUGGGUGCGCCGCAUGUGGAAGACGAUGGUCGUGCGUAUGGGCAAGGGGGGUGGAGUUCAGCAACGUUUAAACUAGACACUCGCAACAAACAGUGUCAACUCACCCGACGUUUAGAUAGCACUAUUGGCCAUCAGCGUGCGGCAGUCAGUGUUGAUGGAAAACAUGCAGGUGAAUGGCCCGACAGCGGACCCAGCAACAAUGCAACCUGGGCGGACCAGACCUUGAAGCUGAAUCCGGAAUUGACGGCGGGCAAGAGAACUAUAAGCGUCAAGAAUACGUUUACUGCUUCGGACCUUGACUUUAACGAGUUCUUCUAUGCUCUGCACUGCAAACUGAAUGCCACUUCCAACUGGGAAUUGAUGGACCUGUUGAAUGUUGGACCCAACAAUGUGAACGACGAAGCCACACACGAAUAUAAAAUCAGCGGCCAAACUUGGAGUGGUGUAAGGCAUUACUUAUACGAAGGAGAGCGCCUGGAGCAAGCGACCCGGUCCCUUCGCCUCAUCAGCGACAUUUACCUAAGACUCACCUUCGAUGGCCAGACAACGGUAGAUGGCCCCAUCGGAUCAUUCUUUGGGUCGGCGCUGGGAAAGUUCGCCGUGCGAUCAUUGAUGCUGUCCAUUGAUACCCUGGGCGAGGACGGCGCAUUUACAUCCUGGUGGCCAAUGCCAUUUAACAAUUCUGUUGCCGUGGAACUCGUUAAUCAAGCUGGAGAGCCAGUGCAGGGAUCGAUUGAUCUGAAAUGGGCGCCAUGGUCUGCUCCGCCCGCACCAUGGGGAUAUUUUGCGACACAGCACCACCACGCAGAGACAAAAACCGGCGUUCUAUGGAACUUUCUCAGCGAAACGGGCCGGGGCGUGGCCUAUGGAGUAACCCACGCAUUCCGGGGUGCCAUUCUACCGCCGAACAACACCCUGGAAUUCCUCGAGGGUGAUCUGAAGGUGUGGACGAACCGUGGAGGUAAGACGGGUCCGUUUGAUCAGGCCACUAUGCUCGGUACCGGAACCGAGGACUUCUAUGAGUCUGGUUGGUACUUUACAGAUGCGCAGGACGGGACAUAUGGUUCGACAGCUGUUCCUUUUGCGAUGCCUCUGACCGGGAUGGAGGCUCACGAAUUUCGGGAGUUGAAUUGUAUUGGGGAGUGUCUCGAGGCGUCCCGGUUGAUGCUGGCCGAUUCCAUGAAUUUCGAUGAUGGAAUCUCAUUCAACAUAGAGCAUGGACCGGUGAACAAUAAUAUCAACGCGAACUACGAGACUACUGCGUUUUAUUAUCAUGCGAGAGACUAG